AUGGCCAUCCAGCACGUCACCUCCCUCGCGCAGCUCAACGAGGUUUUCGCCGCAAACACCUACGUCGUCGUCGACUUCUUCGCCACCUGGUGCCCUCCCUGCAAGGCCAUCGCGCCCGUCUUUGAGAAGCUCGCCGACAAGCACGCCGCCCCGGGCUACUUUGCCUUUGCAAAGGUCAAUGUCGAGGAGGCCUCCGACGCUGCGCAAAAGUACGGCAUCACGGCCAUGCCCACUUUCCUCUUCUUCAAGGACGGCAAGCAGGUCAUGGUUCAUGGCCAGCUCGACCUCAAGGGCGCCAACCCGCCUGCGCUGACGGCCGCAGCGGACAAGAUCGGUGGGCUGGCGGCCGCGCGAAAGGCAGAGGCGGAUAAGGCGGCAUAA